AUGACUGGACUCAGUGACUAUAAAGAAUAUUAUAAAGAAAGGUCUAGCGGUGAACGUCCGAGCAAGAGGGUCAAAUUCUUUACACAAGAGACGCAAACAAUCCAAAAUCUUCCUGAUACCGCACCGGCCACUCAGACCUCUUUCAGAUCAGAGCUCGAAUCUGUAGUUGGCCCAAUAGAUGAUUCAUUAAGUAAAAAACUUGAAGAUAAGGCCAAUGGCGAUGUUCAACGAGCCAUUAACUUUUACUUUGACAGAUCACAGAUAGAUCUGGGUCAUACAAGCGACUCGGUCACUUUGGCCGAGAACGAGCCUGCUGAUAUACAUACCGAAGACGAAUCAACGAGUCCACUAUUCGCCAACGAACCAUCUGAUUCUAUAACGCUAGACAAUAACGUUUUAGAGCAUCCGGAUCCCAGCCCACCGAGAUCAGAUAGUGAUGGCUUGGUUGACACAGACGCCCCAAGUGCGGAAAGUUCACACGCCACCUUGUCUAGCUCUCUGACAAAUAUCCAGCCUGUCGAACUAUCGAAUAACACGUCAUCUUCACAGUCUCCACCACCAGCUGAAUCCUCCUGGGAAAAACGAUACAUAGGAAGCUUUCAAGCUGAGGUGUGGGCUACGCGGUCGGGUCUAAAACUAGUAGAGUACCAAGAGAAGCUUUCAGUUGACCGGGCGGCGACUGCUGUGGCACCAUCUAAUUAUGGAUCAGGUUUUGGCUCUAAAGAAGAUUUUGUUAUUCGUAUCUCGAAUUCCAAGGGCCAGGAUUUUGCUCGUUUGUCAGAAAAUGAUGCUCGCAUAGUAGCAUUACUAAUCGAUACCAAUGUUUGUAGUUUCAGUGGAACAUGCAUUUAUGCUGAUUCUUAUGUUCGAAUUGGAGGCUACAUCAUCAUUCAAAUUGACUGUUUCAUAAAACGUAGUGCAUUUUAUAAGGAUUUGAUUCUUCCUGACUCGGCAACUCGUGUGCUUGGAAGAAAAUUUAGAGCCAACAAUGCAAACAGCUCAAAUGCUCUGCAACUCUUCGACAAUGCAAAAGAAAACGGUUACGAAAGGGUGAUGAGACUCCGGCAGUUAGCGCUGACGGGCUUAUUUGGUAAGCUUGGGCUCAACGCAAGCGAUGACGAUGACAACGAAGAAAAAUCGUCUGGCGAAUCUUACAACGGACCGGAUCUGGUCAAAGGGACUCAGCUAAUGGGCAGUCAAAUCCCGAAUACAAGCUUAAAUGGUAAUGGUGGCGACACAGCAUCUCCGUCCGACGAUGAGGAAGAAGGUAGAGAUGUCGGACAAGAUGAUUUAGAUGCAUUAUAUAAAAGAUCAGAGCGACCGGAUGUCCACCUUGAUCCUGUAGAACCUGCACCGUCAUUUGCAUUUGAACUGAGGCCAUACCAGAAAAAGGGAUUGAACUGGAUGAUACAGAAAGAAACUGCCGUCGUUGCUUCAUCAAGCCCAGCAUCAAGUCAGGUAGAGAGAAGUGCUGAUGAGGAGAACCCGAAUAAUGAACCUAUGCACCCACUGUGGCAGGCCAUUGAAUGGCCACCAAUCCCAACUCAACAUGAAGAAGACGUAGUUUACUCCAAGGGAGCUCGAUUCUACGCUAAUCUCUAUUCUGGCGAGCUUAGUCUGAAGUUUCCUACACAGAAGAAAUCUGUACUUGGUGGAAUUCUUGCUGAUGAAAUGGGUCUAGGUAAGACAAUUUCCACAAUGGCCCUUGUUCACUCAUGCCAGGAUACAGUACCGACCGCAACGUCUCCAAAGAGAAAGAAUUAUUUGGCUAAUACCACUUUAGUCAUUGCUCCCAUGUCACUACUUUCUCAGUGGGAAUCUGAAGCGUUGGCAUCCUCUGGUCCAGGAACUGUAAAUGUGCUGGUCUAUUAUGGAUCAUCAGCCUCGUCUGAGUUCCGUAAAUUAGUCGAUUCGAAAGAAAAAGUACCAAAAAUAAUCAUCACCAGUUACGGAACACUAGUUUCUGAGUAUAACAACCUGGUUCGGUUUAGAAAGGCUAAUGGCUAUGAUGUUAAUAACGAAUCGUGGCAAAACAGCGAAGAUUUGAAGUUGUUUGACUUUUACAAUUACACAUUCUACAGGAUAGUCCUUGAUGAGGGCCAUACCAUCAAAAAUAGGAACACUAAGACCACAAAGGCUUGCUAUGAACUGAGAUCGGAUAAGAAAUGGGUACUAACAGGUACUCCCAUUGUGAACAAACUGGAGGAUCUCUAUAGUAUUGUCAAGUUUCUUGGCGUUGAACCAUGGAACAAUUUCAAUUUUUGGCGGUCUUUCAUCACCAUUCCAUUUCAGUCCAAAGGUUACGUCAAGGCUCUACAUGUUGUUCAAAGUGUGAUGGAACCUCUAGUUUUACGACGAACCAAAAAUAUGAAGCAAGAAGACGGCCAAGCUCUCGUUGUUCUACCUUCCAAGACAGUAAAGAUUGAACGAGUAAAAUUUUCUGAAGAUGAACAAGCUCUUUACUCAUAUAUUUUUGCAAGGGUCAAGUCGUCGUUUGAUAAAAAGCUUGAGCAUGGUACAGUGAUGAAGUCGUAUACAGCUAUUUUAUCACAAAUUCUCCGCCUGCGCCAGACGUGCUGCCACCCGUCUCUUGUUUGGUCCAAGUUUAAUGAGCAAGUUGAGAACGAGCUUGAUGACGAUAUGGCGGUCGAAAGAGAUGAAAUGGGAACAGACUCUUCCCAACCUGAAUCUGAGAUUUUCAAUCUGAGAAAUAAGGACCUCAAAGAUAUUCUGAAUCGGUUUAAUCAAGCAGAUUCGAACGAGGACAAUUUUCAACAAACAUAUGGAGCAGAGGUCAUGAGAGGUAUUAUCGACGGUACCGAGAAAGAGUGUCCUAUCUGUACUACAGAGCCCAUUCCAAAUGAUGAGCUAGCAGUCACCGAAUGUUGGCAUGUGGCGUGUCUCGCGUGUAUAUUAAAGCAUAUUGAGUUUCAAAAGAAGAAGAAUGAAGUUCCAAGAUGUCCUACCUGUCGGGCAACUAUUAAUGCCAAACGGCUCUUCCAAGUCAGUAGUGAUUCAUCUAAACUCACGUUAUAUCGUGAUAAAACGAGCCAGUCGGCCAAAUUACGAUGUCUAAUCGCAUCAUUACAGGCUGAUAUCAACAAUAAUACAAAGUCAGUGGUUUUCUCACAGUUCACCUCAUAUCUAGAUCUCAUCGAGGCUGAGCUUAGCAUUCAUGAGAUCUCGACGCUGCGGUUUGAUGGUACAUUGAGCCAAAGUGCAAGAAGUGACGUGCUGGAUAAGUUCAAGAACGACCCUAGCAAACGAGUCCUAUUGAUCAGUUUGAAAGCCGGUGGUGUUGGCUUGAACCUCGUUUGUGCUCAAAAAGCAUACAUGAUGGACCCCUGGUGGUCGUAUGCAAUCGAAUCUCAGGCUAUCGACCGGAUCCAUCGUAUGGGUCAAACAUCAGAGGUCACCGUCGUGCGGUAUAUAAUGGAGGGUACUGUUGAGGAACGAAUGCUAAAAAUUCAAGACAGAAAAAAGUUCCUCGCCUCGUCAACAUUGGGCAUGUCUGAAGAUGAGAAGAAAGCACAAAGACUGGAAGACAUUAAAAUGCUGUUUGAAGAGUAG